UGGAGCAGAAACAGAAGAAUAUGACGGCAAGUGUGAUUAUUCGGCUAUUUUCAUCUCUGGAAUCAGCGUGUGUCAUUGCUGCAGUCUGAGCAGUGUAUUUAUAGACUCUAUUGACUGUGGUGUGUGGACAGUCAGGCAAUCACGGAAUUACUCGGAGGGUGUGUGUAAAAAAAAAAGAAAAAAAGGGGGGUGAGUGAAGUGUGUUAGAAUGUGUGUAUAUGGGGAUUAUCUUUCCUGAGAGAAUUCCUCUUUAAUGCAUGCUGUGCUUCCAGCCAUUUGGAUUUAGCCAUCUUUAAUCCUAUUUGCUCAGCUACAUUCACAUCUUUUCAUAGCUUUGAUUCCCUGGCAGUGCGAGGGCCGGGAAACUCUUAAGGUUUUUGUCCGAGUUGAAGCCGUAGCGUUUGAGGGUGCAUUCUUACGCCGCUCUUUGGUAAGUUUUCGUUUUGGCCAAUUGUCCGGUAAAUAUAGCAAUAGCUACUGUAUGUGUGCUUUUCUCAACAUUCUGUUGGUUUUAUUUUCCAAUAUUGAAACUUUGCAGUUUAUUUUCCUCACAAAUGCUCUUAGAGUCGUUUUUUCAUUUGUUUUUUCAAAAAUAAUUUUAAAAUAGUUAUGUCGGUUCUAAAAUGUAAUCUGGAAUUUGUGAGGGUGGGAAUGCAUAUUACGAGGGUUUACAUGGAUUCAGAAUUUUGGAGCCGAUCACCGAUCAGCAAGCUAAAAAUAAAUUAACAAUAAUAAUAAUAACAAUAAUAAUAAUCAAUACCAUCACAUCAAUCUAGUCAAUGUACAGUAGUCAACAACUUUUUCAUUUACCAUCCUGCCGACCCUAAAAUAUUCACAAAGUAUUGGGACUGUCCUGGCCCACGAGAAGCAAACCUUUGCAUAUAUAUGAUUGACGUUCAUUGAAAUACAUUAGGGAAAAAAAAAAAAAUUGUAAAAAUUCUCUCGAAACGCUGGUGACUAUUUCAUACACGAAAAAAGGUCAACCCCCCCAUAAAAAUCUAAUAUUGGGAAAAAUACAUCAAAACAAAAAUCUUUACUGUACAUGCUAAGAAAUCUUGGAUUAUUAAAAUAUAACAAAAAUAAAAUAUCUACCUAAUGGUGCAUUUUCUGAACUUCUCAUUUGAAAAGAUUAAUUAAAAUUUUGUUGCCAUUGUUGAGUAUAAUAGCUACAAAUUUUAAAGAAUAGAAUUGCUACUAAUUUCAAAUGCCAUCUCGAUAUAUUGUGGCUGCAUGAAGACUUCAUAAGAUGAAAACAGCAUACGGGGAAAACCAGUUGAGAACCAGAGAUCGAUCUACAGAAUAUAAAGUUGUCGUGAUUAUAAAACAACACAAAGUUGUAUAGUCUCACAUGGAGUGUGUUGCAAAGGGCCCAUGCUCUGGCAGCUAUUGAGUAAUCUUUGUUGAACUAAAUCCAUCCACAGCACAUUGAGAGAUUUCAUGGUUGCUUGCUCAGCCACACUUUCAUCACCCUUGGAUGUGUGUGGCAUGGGCCAGCCAUGGCACUCCAGUACAGUAUAAGGGCCACAAACAGUGGUCCUCUCACGCAGCAUCAACCUAAUCUGCAGCGCUUUGAGAGCUUUAGGGCGCCCCCUCCUCAAACCUUGUGUACAAUAUGCCGCGUUGGAGUUAUUUUUCUAGUUUGGCAAGAGCUUACAGACAUUCUUCUCUGACUGAAGUUGUCAAAUGAAAAGGCCGUUGCAGCUUGGCGCUGUUGAGCUGGGUUAACCUACUCCCCCUGUCUGUGGUUAGAUUAGUCGAGUGCGCGCAAAGAUCAGGGGUACCAGGCAGAGCUGCUGGCCCUCAAAAAGUGCAAACAUUAAGCUCAGAUGAGUUUAUCUAAAGACUGAUUGGACCCUUAAUUAAACAAGUGACCUAUGACCUCAUGGGGUAUAAGCAAGGGAUCAGUUUAGGGAUCAAGACAAAGGAGAGCAUAGCCUUGCCACACACCGAACACUAAUUCAGUGAAGAAUGCUCGUAAUUAGCCCACGCCGCUUUCAUUCCACUGCAUAUUUAAGAGAGGAAAAAAAAAUACUUCUUUGAAAUGUUUGUAGGAUAACUUCCUAAAAGGGUUAAAUAUGAUUCCUAGAUUUUUUUUUUCCUAGGGAUUUAUGGUACCUCAAAAGUCGUGUACAUUUUCUCUUGGAUUAUACAAUCAGUAACUCGUGACCCAUGUAGUAUGCAAAAAUUGCACAUCAACACUGGCAAUGGAACUGUACAGAGGUGUAAAGCAACAAUAAUAAUUGAGGAGCCCGUGGCUUAUUUUACCUCCAACCACUAGGGGGCGGUGAUUUCAUUGUUUACUUAACUGAGCUGUAUGGGCGUAGUUGGGUUUCCUUGAGUGCACGUGUCACUGACUAGGAAGAAAACCAUUUUUGACAAGCGUGUUUUGUACCUUGUAUGUUUUUCAUUGUUGAUUUAGUUUAUGGAUAAAUGUUGUGACUUUAAAAGAGAUUAAAUGUCGAACAUUGUUUUUUGUUAUUGUUUUUACGGAGUACAAAAACUCAAAAUCGAUAAAAAUGAUUUGCGUCAAUUACUCCCCGAAUAAGCGUGACUAAUCUUUUUUCAUGAUCGAACAACCCUACAGCAACUAGUGACACAGUUAGGCUACGUCAUGGCUAGUCAUAUUGCUUUUUGCGGUACGUCAAAGAAAGCUGGCAUGGUGUAAGCAAACCUUCCAGCAGUAUUUAAACAGGUUCCCCAAGAGCUCAAACAAAUGCCAUUGUUGUUUUAGUACAUAAUCAUUAUGACUGUUAUGAUUUGCUUUUGUUCAUUUCCAAAGAAGGCAAAAUAUCGAUGUUGGACUUUCGAAGAAAGAAAAGAUCAGUGCUGUGGUAUAACAUUUUUCAAAGAGUUUUUUACCACGUGGUUAGUGUGUUUGUUCAUCGCGUAAGGUCAAGAACCAGAUGAUAAACUGUGCUCGAAAAAGAAAGAUUGUUGGCUCAAUUUUUUUUUUCUACAACCCUGAUUAGCUAUUAGCAGCUAUAGCGCAGGUGUCCAACUCAAGGCCGAGGUGCCAGAUACCCGCCACAUCAUUUUAUGUACCCUACGAUACACAUUUUUUGUUACCAACCCCCUUUUUAAAAAAUAUGUCGUAAUAUUUGGCCUCUGAUUUCAAAUCUAGUUAUCCAUGAAUUGGCGGUGUUAUUUCAUGACGUGAUUGUCAUAACGACCCUCUGAAGGAAACUACAAUAUAGCCAGUGACAGACAGCAACAUUGUUUCACUUAAUGACCCAGAAUAAUUGACAGCCUUGCUUGUAUUUUCUGAAACGGCAGCGACUUUGCCUAAUAUUAGCAUCAGAGCGAGAUGGCAUGGUGCGAGUUAGUUGCCAUCCUGGGAAUCAAAGACAGAGUUGUCAACACUCAGGCACAGAGCGUGAGACUCACACAUUUCUCUCCAAUGUCACACUCACACAAAAAGAAGUCCCACUACUGGAUGAAAAAGGUUUUGUCAUUAUUAAAAACCUCUUGUUUUGGCGCUCUGAUUGGAUGUUGCUACUGUCAAUUCCGAGGUUAAUAAAUUCCCGAUUGAUUGCGUGCCAAAACCUACUUCCCUUUUGCACGCCGCCCGCCUCAGAUACAAACAGGUGAAUUUUGCUGCUUAACUCUUAUUUCACAAAUGGAAUAGUAAUCACAAUGCCAUGUUAGACACAAUAUUGUCAAGAAAAUAUUUGGGUUAACAUUGGGUUUUAUGUCCUAGAGAAUUACCAAGUGCAUGCACUGAAGAAAAUUGAAAACCUCACUAUGGUUUGUCUCCUAAAGAUCACAAUUUUUGGAGUGAGUCCCACAGAGCAUGCAAGCAUUUUUAGCGUCUCACAAAGCGGUCCAUUCUUUUACUAACAGUUCCUUCUUGUUAAGCAUUCUUCAGGAACACCACAUAAUGCCCAAAAUCAUCCAAGAGAAAAAAGAUUUCCCUUCGGAAGUAGUACAACAACAUGCCUUGUCCACGUCUCUGGCUCUAAAUAUCUUGUGUUGCUGAUGCCUGCGGGGACUGCUUAAGGCUUCAGAAUUAUCUGGAAAAACAACUAGCUGUUUUGUUUGCUGUGGCGGCAGAUGCAGUCUGUUAGUGGUGUGUGAUUCACAGAAUACACGAAACGACAUUCAAACCUGCUCCUCCUUCAAGCUUUAACAUCCUUUCAUAGCGCUCAAGGCACGUGACAUUUGUAAAUUCUUUACAGCGGCUAAGCCAAUUCAAAGUUACCUGAAAAUAGCCUUUGCUCUUUCCUGAAUGUUGACAUUUAAUUCUUAUGUUUUUGCGUCAACCGACAUAAUUUCAACAAAAGCAACAUUAUAUGUAUUGACAAGACUGGAAGAGUGCACUCUCUGUCUGUCCCCAACAGGGGGCUCAAAUAAAUUCUGUGUAUUGAGAUAGCUUGAGGAUGAACAUAAUCUUGGAAACCCCACUUUCUGAUAUUUCCACGUUAUCCUCAAUAGGGCAAAAUGUUCUCCAUAUUAUGUGAUGAAGACUAUUUGCUGAGUGUAGCAGUACAGCUAAGGGCUUACGUGAAAAAUUAAUUUGACUGGGAAACAAAGUAUUACAAAACACCUAUUACACAGUUUAUUUCAUUUCCUAAUCUAUGACUAAUCUGAAAAUCGACAAACUGACAACACCAGUUUGUAAUUCAGUGGUGAGAAUGAUAAUAACUGAAACUCUUGGUCAUUUGUUGUGGACCUACAGCUAAGCAUGUAGUCAACAUCCACUGUUUGUAUUUAAAAAAAAAAAAGAUCUUCAAGGUUAGGAUUGAUUGAAUCCAUGUAAAUGUGGUCCAAUGUUCAAAUAGUAGAUUGACUAGAAAGCGGCGACAUAUAUACCGUGUCUGAAGUACUUGACAGUUGAUCUAUCCCCCAUCUCCUUAAAACCACAGAAUGUACUAUUCAGCAUGACAGCAUCAACUAUUUUUAAUGGUCCACAAUUUUCCUCUUUUUUUUGUGGACCGUAGACAUCAAAACAACAAAAAGAAAGAUUGUUGUGAAGAUGAUAUGUGAGGAGCACUUGGCUAGGAGAAUUUCUGAAUUUGCCUGUCAGUCAACAAGCGUAUUGAUUGGCACUGUGUAUUUCCAAUUAUGAGUUUGGUGAAUGCAUAUUUCAAAAUGUUGUUACCUCUAAUCUUGUACAGUACGCAUACCGAUUGUCUUCACGAGGAUGUAACUGGAGCCUUUUGAUGCUGAUGUAAAAUGAAAGACAGGGCACACCCGAGACUGGUCACCAAUCAAUUGUUUGGAGCAGAACCAACAAAUUGUCCCUAGGUAUGAGUGCGGAUGGUUGUUUGUCUCUGUGUGCCCUGCGAUUGGCUGGCAACCGGUUCAGGGUGUCCCCCGCCUACUGCCCGAUGACGGCUGGGAUAGGCUCCAGCGCGCCCGCGACCCCCGUGGGGACUAAGCGGUUCAGAAAAUGGAUGGAUUUUUAAAGUAUUUAAUGAGGCUUUGUUAUUCCUGCACUCUUGUUGACUUUUCUUUGUGGCCUAAAUCCUGGCACAUUGAUAACUGAUUUGUUGAGUUUGAACCAGAAUGUAAAGGAAACAACAUGCUGAGAAUUGCAAGACAGCAUUACUUGGCCCGCUGGAUGGAAAUUUGCUGGGUUUUUUGUUUUUUUUUUAAACUGCCUAAAAGAAGCGUGGCAAAGAGGAUGGUUGGAUGCAAAUUAUUUAACAAAGACUUAUCACUGAAGCACAUCAAGCCCAAGGCAUCACUUUAAUGCAAAACAUGUUGCAGUGCGCAUGGACAUCAGAGCGUCAGCAGUUCUUGUACAAGCAAAGCUAGUUUCUUAUUGUGUCAAAUAUUUUGAUUGUGGGAAAUUAAAAUGCAAUUGGACAGAAAAAGGAAGUCACGUGUAGCUUCCUCACAUCGAUCCCAAGCGUUUGGCUUUUCUUUAGUUUGACACUAUUACUGAUUAUUACAGACGUACCAGUGAAGUGAAUGAAGUCCUUAUCAGUCGCUAGACAGCAAAAUUCCAUCUUGUUUGAUUCACUGGCUAGUACAUCCCUUUCUUUGCCUCGGGGUUAUUGAAGUUCCUCUGAUGAGCUGUAAAUAUCUCAAGCCCUCUCAGUGUUGUCCUUUUUACAACCCUGUAAUGGCAAAUUGCUGCCCAAGGUGAGACCAACCUGGAGGACGUGUUUUAAUGCACCUCACAUGGCCACCGGGACAAUGAUAUUGUAUCCCAGCAUGAACAGCAGAGUGUUUGUGCUCUUGUGACAUUUGUAGGAACACAAGAGUUGAUUGUCUCACAGGUGGAAGGAAAGAUAAUAAUAGAACAAUAUUUUUAUUUUUUUGAUCAUCUUUCUGGGGUAACUGUCACAGCAUUCUUGACUUUCCAAAAUAUCAAAUUCAUUUCUCUUGGGUCUGUCUGUUGGCUGAAAAGCGGCAGAUGACUCAAAGACUUCAACCCCCUUAUAGCAAGUAUAGCCAUGCCGAAAAGAAGAGGCAAAGUGUUAUUGGUUGCUGACACUUUCUGACGUUACAGGCAAAAAGUUGGAAACAGGGGAUUUGAGGAUAUGGAGAACAAAGUUGUAAGAGGCUUCAUUAUGUACACUGUGUUGACAUGGCCUCAUUUGCAGAGGAUCCACAGGGUUAAACAACUGGAUGGGGCCAAGUUAAAGCCCGAGGCAGGUUGGAGCUGAAGAGGUGGACCUUGGCAAACAAAGGCACUUACUGUUAGUGCAGCAUCCUCGCAUCAAGUGAUACGCCAUAAAGGCAUAACUUCAGUUUUUACAUGAAACAACCCAAAUUUGAAAAGGCUCAUUGUGUCUGCCGGCAACCUCUAACACCCGUAACUAAUGAAGUAUUUUUUUUCCCUUGCCAUUUAAAGAAGAGCCGGCCGGCGUUGGCUUCUCUUGUAGCUAUCUCAGUCUUGAGAAAAGAAGCAGUAAUCUAUCACAGUUUAGAUCUUAGUUGAAGCAAGAGUCUGCUUUUUAGAGUGGACAUUUUUAAUCAGUGCGCAUAAUGCUUGAGAUGCUUGGAUAUCACCCUUAUGAGGUGCAGACUCAUCUGGAGAACCCGACCAAGUACCACAUCCAGCGCUCCCAGCAGCAGCAGGUCAAGCAGUACCUGGGAAAGCUUGGCUCACAGGUACUGAGCUUGCCCUGUCCCAACCAGUCCUCUGACCACGGGGGCAUGCCGCCAGGGCCGGGCAACAGCGCCCCCAACAGCCCUAUGGCCUUACUGACCCUGAACUCGAACUGCGAGAAAGAGAUGGAUGAUGUCAUUGAUGACAUUAUUAGUCUGGAGUCCAGUUACAGCGAGGAUAUCCUCGGCCUGAUGGACCCAGGACUUCAAAUGGCCAACACGAUCCCAGUGCCCACCACCAUCAUGGACAUGUAUGGAAAUCAGGGCAUGUCCCAGCAAGGAUUGGCCGUCAGCAACUCUUGCCCUGCCAAUCUGCCCAACAUCAAAAGGGAAUACGCGGCGUCACAAUCUCCGGCCGUAAUGCACAUGCUGGAUAAGUCCGGAUCAUGUGGAAAAUUUGACAACUAUCAGAGGCCUGAAGGCUUUCCCGUUGCAGAAGUAAGAGCUCUAGCAAAGGAAAGACAGAAGAAGGACAACCACAACUUGAUUGAGAGAAGACGACGGUUCAACAUUAAUGAUCGGAUCAAGGAACUGGGAACUUUAAUUCCAAAGUCAAAUGACCCAGACAUGCGCUGGAACAAAGGCACCAUCCUCAAGGCUUCCGUGGACUACAUCAGGAAGCUGCAGCGGGAGCAACAAAGGGCCAAAGAGCUGGAGAACUGUCAGAGGAAGCUUGAAAAUGCCAAUCGGCACCUUAUGCUUAGGAUACAGGAGUUAGAGAUGCAGGCUCGAGCUCACGGCCUGGCCAUCACGUCCUCGGCAUUGUGCUCCGCUGACCUCAUGGGCCGGAGGAUCAAGCAGGAGCCCGCCCUGGAGGACUGUCACCAGGAGCUGUACACACUGCACCCCCACACGCAUCACCAGCACCACCCAGCCUGCACCCCCGAGGCCCCCGGCACCCUAGAGCGGAACGAGGGUCACACCGAUUUUUCCGACGGGCAGUACGCCAUUCACGGCAGGCCGGCCUCCAAACUCAACGACAUCCUCAUGGAAGACAACGUAUCGCCCGUGCAAGGCGGGGACCCUUUGCUCUCUUCCGUCUCCCCGGAUGCCUCCAAGGACAGCAGUCGCAAGAGCAGCGUGAGCAUGGAUGAGAAUGAGCAGGUCUGUUAGCGCCCCCUUCUGGAAGAGCCCCCCCCAUAAGGCUAGACUCUGGGCUGCUGGUGUUUUUUUUGAUUUUUUUUUGUCUGUCUGCGUUUACAUGUUUUUCAGUCUUUGGCUUUCUCUUUUUUAUGAUAUUUGUGUCUUUGAAAGCCCUCAACCUUGAUUUCAAGGAUUGAUUUUUAAAGUUGGUUUGCUUUAAUCAAAACUUUGAUGACAAUGAGUUGAGAGAUUUAUAUGUAAAAUAGACCUAUUUAUCUUAGGGUACAUGCUAAAUGAUGUCUAUUUGUGGUGAUUCCAAAGAAUCUGCGGAAAUUCUAAUUGAAGGUAACAUAUAGUUUAUGUUGUGGUGAGGAAUAGCAAUAAUAGAAGAAAUCUAUUUAUUACUGUAGUGCUUUACACUUCUCGUGUCUUAGAACUUGAACAUGCCUUAAUAUGACAUCAGAAUCGCUAUGCACAUGCUAUGCACAUGCUAUGCAAAUGCUAUGCACAUGCUAUGCACAUGCUAUGCACAUGCUCUGCACAUGCUAUGGUUGUUAGCCUUCAGCCAAUGAAAACCUUGACGGUUUAAUUAGAUGUAGAUUGAAGCCAAUUCAUGUAUCUAAAUCAUUUGUUCAUACAACCACCCUCCGACGUAAUUUAUGGUCAGCCUAAUUGCAUUUUUUUUCCCCCGUGUCUGAAUAUUUUUGGGAAAAUAUGGAAAAGCACAACAAAUUGAACAAACAAGAGGAGGUCAGCUGGCUUGAUUAAAUAUUAGCACGACUUGAAUGACACAAAAUUUACAGACAUAAAGAAAACACAUUUUUAAACAAACUUAUUGGUAUUUUUAAUUAAUAUUGUGACGGGAUGUAAAAAAUACUUAUGUUAUUUACAAAUGUUAUACAAAACAAAAAGAAUUUGUGAGCAUUUUUUUGUGAAGGACAACAAGGUGACUGCAUAUGGAUUCUGAAUGAAGCGCAUGGAAAAAAAAUCAAAACACUGGAAUGACCUCCUUAAAUCAACAUUUUUUUUAUUGUCUGUAUUGAGUCAUUGAGUCAUAUGAUUGUUGUUUGCUUUUCCUACUUUUAAACAAUAUUGUGUAAGACUGAUGAUUUUUUUUUGCCACGUAUGAACAUUGUGUAUUUUCCAGCAAUUGUAGCAUAAUGCGCAAUUUUGUCAUCCACCCUGUUACAAUUCAGUCUCCAGCUAGGCAACGAUUGACCUUGUGCCUGUCCAUUCACAUAGUGACAAUGUGAUGAUGUCAUCUUUAUAAAUGAUGUAAGUGCCUUGUGUAAGAGGAGCUACAGAUACUGGCACUAUCAUUGGGUUUUAGAUGUUUACUGGUGUUUAGGGAGAAUGUCAAGCUGCUUUACAAACUUUUUGCAGUUUAAAAAAAAUCCAAGAGCUUGUCAGAUGACAAGUAUCUCAUGAUAAAAUAAAUACAGCAUUGAGCAUAGUUGGAAUGAUUAAUAAUGGAAUUAAUUGAUGUAGAAGAAUGUUUUAGGACAGCGGUCCCCAACCUUUUUUGCGCCACAGAAAUGUCAGAAAACAGUUUCACCGACCAGCCUUUAUAUAAAUAAAUAAUACAUUUAUAAUAAAUAUAUAAACACGAUGAAAUUAAAUGAUAUGACUGGCAUAAAAAGAAAUACAAAGCGCAUAAAAAUUAAACUCACCAUAAAGUAUCUGAUCCGUAGCUUUGUUUUGGUCGCUGUAACCGCAGAAAAUCCCGUUGGAAAGGGAAGCUGGGUUUUCAGUGCUUUUGUGGCGAUCUGGGGAUAUUCUGCUUUUCUUUUUCUUGAAAGUUGUAGCCUCUUCUUCUGUCUCCACAUUGGGCCUUUUCCUCUUUCCAAUAAUCUCUUUUUUGGUAGCUUCGGGACGGGAACGGGCCGAGCGUCUUGACCUGAAUUCACCUGUGUCAAGAGGCACAGGUGAACUGACGGAUGUCAUUGGGAGAGAAUCCCCCAAAAUCUUUUAUAUUUUUCAAAAUAAAAAUCAUUUUUGCUAACUUUGCGGGCUCGACUGGGGAAACGUCAUGUGACCGGGACGAGCGCCUUGAGGUAAAUUAAUUGAUCGUCGAUAAUAUAAUAUAUAUAUAUGUAUAUAUAUAUAUUUUUUUUUCUGUGCGGCCCGGUACCAUAUGACCCACGGACCGGUCCGCGGCCCAGUGGUUGGGGACCACUGUUUUAGGAGAACGACCUUUAAUUUUACUGUGAUUAAACCUAUCCCUAUUAAAUGUAUAUUUUUACACAUUUUCUUUUUAUUUUGGUAAAUAAUCUUUUUUAAAAAAGAAACUUUGUUCUAGUCUCACUUUUCCUGACAACAAACGUCAUGUUAAUCAAAUGAAUAAGCUUCUCUAACAAACACAGCCACAUGUCAUGAAUAUUGGGUAAUAUUCUUGUGCCAAUUUAUUAUUCUGUUGUGGAAGAAGUGGCUUGUUUUGAUAUAGAUUUUAUAUUCUUGGCAGUGAUACUUUAUUAUAUUUCCGACAUAUGUGUUAUUUAUUAUGUGUUGAACACAUUAAGGAUUAUAAUCCCCCCAACUUGAAUAGCACAUUUCCCACUGUUAUUUCUGUUUUCCUGAAUGUAAUUUAAAUUGAUGACAGACACAAAUGUGCUGCCAGUGUGCCAAAGUUACUCAAUGUACAGUUGCUAUCCCACCUUAUUCGGUCAGCUCCCCACCGUACAGUAGUUAUAGUGCUAGUAAUAAUCAUGUGUGGCUUUAAAAUGAACGAGUUAAGGCUCGUUAACCUUUCUAGAAGUUUGACCGUCUUUAUUACGUGGUGCGAGUAACACUUUGGUUGGAUUCCACUUCAAGUCCAGGCAAAGCACAGACCUCCUGUUGGACAAAUGACUACCUACCAGUAGGAUUCCUCUUUUGAUGCCAAACUUGAGAUCCAGAAGAAAUCUCUUAGGUGAACUCUUAAAACUUUGGAACACAAUGUUGCCGACCUGCAACCAGGUCACAACCUUUACAUACGAGCUGAACCUACAAAUGUGAGUUUGUUUUCAGUGAUGCUCCAUUGAAGGCGCCUGCUGUGAUUUGAGGUCACAUUUUCAUUUGAAACAUCAAAUUAGACAGAUGUACUUGUUGUCAUGACUGUGGUUCAUCCUAAUGUAUUCUCUGCUUCUUGUUGCUCCGUUUUGUUGAUGUGUAACUAUACGUAGUUAAUGUACCCACUCGACGACUCUGUGAACUCCAAUUACAUGCAGAAAAAACAUUAAAAGGUUUAUUUAAAAAUGUG